CAGGAGAAGAGAAGCCACUGAGUCAAAAAGAUACGGUAAGUUGUCAAGAAAAGGAGUUGACAUGACUUGCAGCAUUUGUCAUGGUAAAAACCAUAAUAAAAGAGGCUGUCCUUUGAAGGAUUCUGGUAGAACAAGCUAUUGUAAUGGACCAGAUAUUGUUGCAGCAUCUCAGCCAAGCUUUGCUGAAUCAAGUGCUGCACCUGCAAGAGCUAGGGGAAGGCUAAGAAAGACAACUCCAAUUUCUGAAGCACCAGCAAAAGAUUGGGGAAGGCCAAGGAAAAAUCCAUUAACCUCUGAUGCACCAGCAAGAGCAAGUGCAAGGCCAAAGAGUACUUCUGAAGCACCACCAACAACAAGUGCAAGGCCAAGGAGUACUUUUGAAGCACCACCACCAACAAGUGAAAGGCCUAGAAGUACUUCUCAAGCACCAACAAGAGGUAUGGGAACAAGGAGGACAACCAUUAUUGCUAAAUAGUUUGAAAAUGCAACAAGUUAUGUUGCACCUAUUGCAGCCAAUGCACCUGUCCAACCUGUCCAACCUGUUGCUUCUCAGUCUAAUGUGAGUAGGGGAAGACCAAGAAAAACCUCUCAAGCUUCUAGUGCUGCACCUGUUGAAGUCAAUGCACCUGAUCAACCUGCUGCUUCUCAAUCUAAUGUGAGGAGGGGAAGACUAAGAAAAACCUCUCAAGCUUCUAGUGUAACAGCUGUUGACAAUAAAAGAAGAAGAACUGCCCCUUACAAAAGGCCUAGGACUGUUGGAAUAGGUAUAUUUGUCGCAGAAAAUGGAUUUACAACAUACAAUGUAAGAGCUGAAAUAUUUGUUGGAAUGGGUAUAUUUGUUGCAAGUGAGUUUACUAACUAUAAACAAUUAUUUUGCUUUGUCUACAACAUAGCUUGCCAAGUAGUAGGAUAAUUGAUGCUGCUCCAAGAAAGCAUAUAAGGUCAGCUGAUGUUACUGGGGACCUUGGUCACAAAACAAGGGCUG